AUGUCCAUCGUGUUCCAUCGUUAUCAUCGCUUCAAAUGAAGUGGAACAAAUGGAAACGGAACACUUGACGGCAAGCAUUUGUUUUUUUUUUUUUAAUUUUACUACGCACACUUAUUCCACACUGGCUCUAAAAUUAGUUUGAAUCGAAUUGAAUUGGUUCACUUAACACCUGCUGUGGCCCACUGUGCAGAGCUGGGGCUGCUUGGCGUUAGCAUAAUGAGCCGCUGUCCGGCGUUUGGGUCAGGUGAAAUGGCCGCGUAAAAGCCAUAAACUGGCCAAUUGCCGCUGGCCAUGCCGAUGAGCGCGGAGUGCGCCCACAGCCGCUGGGCUAUUUGGUAUGCAGCCGCGGUGCCGGCGGCGUCGCACGUCGAUAUCCGCUUUAUAAAUACAAGAAACACCAAGGAAGUUCAUUUCAUUUUCUUGGCAACAAUCGACGCGUUGACAUAAUCCAACUGCCAUUCGCCAGCCAGCCGAAACGGAAUCGAAAGUCGUAAACGGAUUAGCAAGCAGCCAACAACAUGAUGAGCCGCAGUUCAGGUCGAGCCAGUGCCAGGAGCAGAUGCCGCCCGCUGCUGUUGCUGUUACUGCUGGGCGUUGUCUUGCCCAGCGGCCGGGCUGCCCACGCCUCGUUGCGUCUGCGCCAUGGCAGUCGCUUGGUCAGCACCACGCCCACCACCGUGGCCACCACAGCCGCCGCCACGGAGCAGCAGCCGGAGACGGCAACCGAGGAGCCAACCCAGAAGCGGGAGCAGGAGCAGCCGCUGGCCACCGGCAAGCACAAGCGUGGCAUACUGCAUGGCGCCACCGCCGGCCACUGGCCCGCCCGCACCUAUGCCUCCCAGUAUGGCUACAGCUUGCAGCUGCCUGCGGCGGCCACAUUCCUGGCAGCUGCGCCCGCCCACCGCCAUCAUGGUUUCGUUAAGUAUCCGUCUGGCCUGGGCGGCUAUCACAUCAAACAGUUUGCGCCCGCCUCUGCGUUCCUGCCCGCUGCCACGGCUGUUCCCGCGCUGCCCGCUGUCUCCGGCCUGCCCGCCGUCUCCGGGCUGCCCGCUGUUGGUGGCAUCGCCUCCGCCGUGGCUGCGCCACCUUCGUAUGUGCUGCGUCCGGGCAAUGCGGUCGUCUCCUCGUACAGCGUCAACUAUCCGCAUCAGCAUCUGCACCGACCGCUGAAGCCCCUGCACUAUCAUCAGCCCACCUAUGUUCAGGCUGUCGCUCCUGCUGCUCCCGCGCUGCCCAUUCAACCCAUUCAGCCUGUGCAACCUGUGCAGCCCGUCCAGCCCGUGCAGCCCGUGCAGCCCGUGCAGCAUGUGGCUGCACUGCAUCCUGGCGUGAGCUUUGCCCCCGCCAGCCCGGCUGUCGCUGAGUUUCCCGUGUUCUCGGGGCCCACGUUCGCUGUGCAGCCAGCAGCUGCGGUUCCGGCUGCACCCACCACGCCCGAAGAGCCUGCGAUACCACAGAUUCCGCAGAUACCGCAGAUACCUCAGAUACCAGAGAUUCCACAAAUUCCGCAGUUCCCGCAGUUCCCAACGUUCCCACAGUUCAGCAUUCCGCAGUUCCCCUUCCCACAGGUGCCACAGUUCCCACAGCAGCCCGCUGUUCCGGCCGUUCCGGCUGUGCCCGCCACGCCCGCUGCUCCAGCUGUGCCCGCGACGCCGGCCAAUCCCGCGCUGCCCGCGUUUCCGGCUGCGCCCGGCGCACCGCCCAAUAGCCAGUUCUUUCCCGCCGCCGUGCAGCCGCCGCUGCCCCAGCAGCCGCCCAGCUUUGGGCAGCCGGAGGCGCAGUUUCCGGGCGGCAUAGUGCCACUGCCCGGAUCGACACCCGUGCAGCCAGAGACGGGCACAGCCAUCGCCUCGCCGCAGAUACCCAACACGCCGGAGUCGGAGCAGCCCGAGCAGCCGCAGCCGCAGCCCGCCCCACAGCCCACACAGCCUCAACAGCCUUGGAAGCCGGUCUUCUAUCAGCCCCCAGCCACGCCCAGCCGCCCAGCCAUUACCCUAUUGCCGCCCUACGGCAGCGCGCCAGCUGAUGGCUAUCUGCCGCCCGUUAACACACAGGCGGCACAGCUAACGGCCGCCAGUGCCGGCCACGGGGCCCACGACAUUUUUGAUCAGCUCAGCAAUGCCGAGAUCGAGCAUAUCUUCGCCCAGGCGAAUCUAGCCCAUCAGCAGCAGCAGCAACAGCAGCAGCAGCAGCAGAGCUAUCAGCACUACUGAGCGCCACCUUAUCCCCCCUCACCGUCUGUUGGAGUCCAUCUUGUCAACAUUUUCCACAAUAUUUUUUUUUUUUUUUUUGUUGUCUGU